AUGGCCGCCCCUCCUGAAAAGACCAACCAAGACCUCAAUGGAAAAUGGGUCAUGAACAAGGAGUUUUCGGACAGCCCCGAACCGGUGCUCUCGCUGCAAGGCAUUGGCUACCUCACGCGCAAAGGCAUUUGCAUGUCGACCAUCCACAUUGAGAUGAAGCAGUUUACCGCGCCACCACUGCCUCCAAGCAAAGAGACGGACCCAGUGACACACAUCAACACGACUCAGUCGUCGUCCUUGAACAGUACUCAGGAGGACCGAUGCUUCGACAACGUGAUGCGCGAUCAUUCUGAUUGGAUAUUUGGCGCAGUCAAGGGCCUCUCACGCUGGGUGAGCCUCGACGAGAUUGAGGAUGAGUUUCUCAAAAAGGAUUGGCUUGUGGAAGGUGAGGGUAAAACGCUUAUCUUUAACUAUGCCGAAAGCCAGGGAAAUGGCUGGGAUGCCACGCAGGUGUGGGGAUUUCAGACUGUAAAUAAUGAGAGGCGGUAUUGCAGACGCGUGUUGGUCACAAAGGGCAAGAAGAGGGCUACUGUUUUCUUUGUUUAUGACUACGUUUCAUAG